GCUGGUGGAGGACACCUACACUAGCGAUGAGAUUGCUGAGAUGCUAGCGGGUCUGCAGGCGGUCGUGCGCGGGGAGGUGGAGACGGAACUGCUCAACAUGGCUCACACGAACGCACUGCUGCUGCGACAGCUCUUCAACCAGGCUGAGAAGUGGCACCUCAAGCUACAGGCAGACAUAUCGGAGCUGGAAAACAGGGACUUACUGGAGGCGGUGAAGGAGUUUGAGAAUAAGCAGUUCUCCAUGAGAGAAGUCGGGACUCCUUUCUCGCCAAAACACAAGAAACUGGAGCCGCUUAACGAAGGAGGAGGUGCUGCCCUGCUGCAGCUGGUGAGUUAUAGC